AUGUCAAUACCAAGUCGUUCAAUCCCCGAGGACGAUGUCGCCCCUCCCCCACUACCUCCCCCCCGAUUUCUCCCUGAGCUCAACUCACAAUUUGAACCGCGGCACCAACACACAUCCUCACUCGACUCUCGCAGUAGUUGGGACAGCCCAGGACACAGCCCAGACCAGGACCGGCCAAGGUUUGAGCGCAAGAAUAGCGAUACAGCCACCAUUAGGCCUGUGCAGAAGGAUGAAGGAUAUCACAGCCUGAACUCGACAUCCUCUGUAGGGUCACAACAUUCUCUGCCAAGGCUUUUCAUGAGCCAUGAUCGAUUUCAGUUCAACCAACCUGCACAAAGCCAAUACGAUAACACCCUGCUCAAGAAAUUGGAUUUUCGCCGAGGAUUCGACAAUGCUUCUCCGCCAAGAAGGUCUGGUCUUAUCGCUUCCUCUGGCAGUGCUCCUGCUUCUCGUCAUGGCGCGUCCGAGCGGCUCCGUAACCAGCUUCCGACGCUCUCCUUGCCAAGCGAAUCGGGCUACACCUCCGUCGAGUCGUCGCCUUAUCCGAGGGAGAUGCCCCUGCGCAGCGGGCAUUCUUCUCGUCUAAUGCCUUUCAGCGGUGCCAUGAGCAAUGACUACCGCUCGCCCAUUGAGCCUUCAGACACGGAGAGCUCGCCGUUUUCUCGCUCACCAAUCUACCGCACGAAGCGGAACAACAGCGGAUCACAGCAGUCUGAUGAUAUCAUGACGUCAACACCGAAUAGCGCGGAGCACAACACAGACGAGAUGGAUUUCGCCAUGGACGAUACCUCGAGCGUGCGGAGGCUGCAGUCUGAUGAGUACCAAUACUCGGCUUCUGCUAACAAGCGCCGGGCCCUGGCGUCUCCAGAUGACGAUACGCCGAUGGCCAUGUCGGAAGGCGGUGUAUCGAUGGACGCAGUCAGGCGCAGACUGGGCACACCUCGGGCAUCACCCACGCCACGGCUCACAGUCAUUCCCCAGGGCUCGAUCUCGUCGGUGUCGUCAGCCACUGGGCGAAGCGGAUCAUAUACUUCGACCAUGUCCAUCGCGGGCACAAGCAUGUCAAGCAUGCCAUCUCAGAGUGGGCGACUUUCGCCUGGGCACUGGUCACCCUCGUCUGGCCUUUCGCCUGUUGACGUCUGCCACUCGCCCUUCAACACGGCUUCCUCACUCGGCCCAUCCCCGAGGGUCGCGCUUGCACGGCUGUCGCACCAACGGCAAUUGAGUGGGUCUGAAGGAAGGUCAUCCGCAUCUCCCCGGAAAGUGCCUGAUGCUGCCAAGGGCAAUGCCUCCAAACUCCAAGGCGGAUACUUCAUGUGCGAGUGUUGCCCCAAGAAGCCGAAGAAGUUUGAGACUGCAGACGAGCUACAGGCCCACGAAGCUGAGAAGCAAUAUGAAUGCUCGUUCUGCGGUAACCGCUUCAAGAACAAGAACGAGGCUGAACGCCACCAGAACAGCCUCCACGUGAGGCGCCACAGCUGGUCAUGUUCGGCGCUGCUCGAACACGGCUAUGACCACGCCUUUCACGAGAGCACGAACCGGCCCGGCGAGGCGGAUGUGUGUGGCUUUUGUGGCGACGAGUUCGCGCGCAGCGGCUCUGCUGGACGCGUCCGGCAGGCAACUGAGCAGGACUGGGAAGCCCGCCUGCGACACCUGCAGGAGGUGCACAAGUUUCGCGAGUGCAACUCGAGCAAGAAGUUUUUCCGAGCCGACCAUUUCCGGCAGCACCUGAAGCACAGCCACGCAGGCACCAGCGGCAAAUGGACAAACAUGCUUGAGAAUGCAUGCAUGCUAAAUGAGGAGCCCCCGGUGCCACGGCGGUAG